ACUUUACCAUAUCUAGACGCCUUACGUUCUGGGGUUUUCUCGUAAACGGUACAUCACAGAAGAAAAAAAAAGCUUCAAGCUUCCAUGGAUUAUCUCAGACUUAUCUUCUUCUUCUUCUUCGCUUGUGUCCUAAUGUUUGUUCCAUUUCUCGCAUUAGCUCAGGUGGAUACCUAUGAGUUUUCUCGAAGCUUCAAAUGUGUAUCUCGUGGAGGCAAUUUCACUGCCAACAGCACUUUCUCCAGCAAUCUCAACAGCCUUGUCUCCUCCCUCUCCUCACUCAAAUCCAAACAUUAUGGCUUCUACAACCUCUCUUCUGGAGACUCAUCUGGAGAAACCGCUCACUCAAAUCCAGUCUAUGCUUGGUCUUGAAGUGUAAGAAGAACAAGUCUAGAGAUAAAGUCAAAGUUCUUGGAAAUUCGCCAUUGUCGGGAUCAAUUGCCGAGGAUGAGUUCUCGAACACAGAUUCUCUGUUAGUUGACUUUGAAAAUCUAAAGGCCGCAACAAAUAACUUUUCUCCCGAAAAUGAACUUGGACGUGGUGGGUUUGGUUCAGUUUUCUCUGUAGAUGAAAUUGAUAUGAAAAACUUUUUUUUGUUCCCUUUCUUAAGAUCCGACGACUUUCCGAUCUGAUAAUUCUUACCUUCUCCAAUUUUAAAAAAAAAAAAUCCUAAAACUGGACAAGAACGUGUAGUUUUCGGUUCGGUUUAUCCCGGUUAUUGUGUGUUUCAAAUUUUAAAUCUGUUUCGACCCGGGCUUGGUUCACACUAUAUCUCCGGCGACUAGUUCUUUUGCUCUCCCCAGCUUUAAAAUCCGCCGUCGCAAGACUCGGUUCCUCUCUGUUUCCUCACCGUCAACGCCAUCAAGGAAAAUCCGAUUUACUAGCCGCAAGUGGUUUCGAAGCAGAUUGAAGAAUCCAAACCCAUAAUCAUCGUUUCGGUUCGACAAAAUCAAACCGAUACAUCCAUGGAGGUCCAGGUUCCUGUGCCAAAGAUAUUAACAUUUUGGAUGGUUUCCGGUUUGCAUAUUGCAGGUUAUAGUGAAGAAGCUACAUUGUAGGUUCCAAUUGCAUUUUUAGUUUUGGCCUUCAGAUUUUAGUUUGACAAGUCUUAUGCCUAAACCAGGAUAUAUAUAGAUGUUUCCUCUUACUUUCGUAGUUUGUAGUAAAGCAAACGCAUUUGGUUUCCCCGGUUUGGCCCCUUAUAAAGUCACAUUCCUAAAUUCUGAAAAAGAUAACUCAUUUAGCGAGUAAGAUCCAUGAUGGGUCUCUACUUAAUACUCUGUUUACUAUUAUUUAGAUUAAUGUAAGAUUGAUUAGUUUGAAGUUCUAGUUGGUGUGAAAAGUAUUCAAAGUGUCAGUUUUUUUUGGUCCCAGUUCAAAUUGGUACUUGGGAGGAAAGUGGUGAGCAAUAAUGUAUAUAAAGUUUUUCUCACCACCGUUGACCCGACUCGCAAAGACUGCCCACUAGUGUCUGCUACUGACUUUUAUAAUCGUGUUUGAUCGGAAAGUUGUGUUUUUUUCUGCUGUCAGAUUUUGAAAUUAUUUCAAACGUCAUAUUAGAUCGACCUUUACCAUAAUAACCAGAAGAAGAAAAAAAAAAGGUUCAAAGAUUCCAUGGAUCAUCUCAGAGUUAUCUUCUUCUUCUUCGCUUGUGUCCUAAUGUUUGUUCCAUUUCUCGCCUUAGCUCAGGUGGAUACCUAUGAGUUUUCUCCAAGGUUCAAAUGUGUAUCUCGUGGAGGCAAUUUCACGGCCAACAGCACUUUCUCCAUCAAUCUCAACAGCCUUGUCUCCUCCCUCUCUUCACUCACAUCCAAACCUUAUGGCUUCUACAACCUCUCUUCUGGAGACUCAUCUGGAGAAAGAGCUUAUGCAAUUGGUCUUUGCAGAAGAGAAGUCAACAGAGAUGAUUGUCUCAGCUGUAUUCAUACAGCUGCAAGAAACCUCACCGAGCAGUGUCCGGUUUCGAAACAAGCCGUUGUGUGGUACACGCACUGUAUGUUUCGUUACUCGAACAGGACAAUCUAUGGAAGAAAAGAGACGAACCCAACUCUGGCUUUUCGUGCUGGUGAACAGAUAUCAGCAAACAGAGAUGAGUUUGAGCGUCUUCAGAGAGAGCUACUGAAUAGGCUCCAAGGGAUUGCUGCGUCUGGUGGGUCGAAUAGGAAAUAUGCUCAAGGGAACGGUUCGGCUUCGUUGGGGUACCGUAGCUUCUACGGAAGUGCACAGUGUACGCCGGAUUUGUCUGAAAAGGAUUGUAACGACUGUCUGGUUUUUGGGUUUGAGAGUAUCUCAAGUUGUUGUGAUGCUGAGAUUGGUCUUAGGUGGUUUUGUCCUAGUUGUAGCUUCCGGUUUGAGACGUGGCGAUUCUAUGAGUUUGACGCUGACCUUGAGCCUGAUCCACCUGCAAUCCAGCCUGCUGAUUCACCAAUAUCAGAUUCAAAAACUGAGAGAUCAGGAAAGGGCAAAAAAGGUGGAUCUAAAGUCGUUAUUGCGAUAGUAAUCCCCAUAGUUCUUGUUGUGUUAUUUGCACUUUGUCUAUGCUUGGUCUUGAAAUGGAAGAAGAACAAGUCUGGAAAUAAAGUCAAAGUUCUUGGAAGUUCGCCUUUGUCGGGAUCAAUUGCUGAGGAUGAGUUCUCGAACACAGAUUCACUGUUAGUUGACUUUGAAAAUCUAAAGGCCGCAACAAAUAACUUUUCUCCUGAAAAUGAACUUGGACGUGGUGGGUUUGGUUCAGUUUAUAAGGGUGUGUUCUAUCAUGGGCAAGAAAUCGCGGUGAAAAGAUUAUCGGGUAACUCUGGACAAGGAGACAUCGAAUUCAAGAACGAAAUUAUACUUCUUGCAAAGCUUCAACAUAGGAACUUGGUUAGGCUUUUAGGUUUCUGCAUACAAGGAGAAGAAAGACUCCUUGUCUAUGAGUUUAUCAAGAACGCUAGUCUUGAUCAUUUCAUAUUUGAUCUUGAAAAGCGUCAACUUUUGGAUUGGGGAAUGCGAUACAAAAUGAUCGGAGGAGUUGCUAGAGGGCUUCUUUAUCUUCAUGAAGACUCUCGUUACCGGAUAAUCCACCGUGAUCUUAAAGCCAGCAACAUUCUUUUGGACCAAGAAAUGAAUCCAAAAAUCGCAGAUUUUGGAUUAGCUAAACUCUUUGACACAGGCCAAACCAUGACACGAUUCACAAACAGAAUUGCAGGAACUUACGGGUAUAUGGCUCCGGAAUACGCUAUGCAUGGACAGUUCUCUGUAAAAACUGACGUUUUUAGCUUCGGUGUAUUAGUCAUUGAGAUCAUUACAGGUAAGAGAAACAACAAUGGUCGAUCCAAUGAUGAUGAAGAGGCAGAAGAUCUUCUCAGCUGGGUAAGUACACAAAACCAAUACCUGAAAUUGGAGGCUUCAAUGUUUGUUAUUAUGAAUAUUGAUUCUGUUUUGUCUUCUCAGGUAUGGAGAAGCUGGAGAGAAGACAUGAUACUAAGCGUGAUUGAUCCGAGUUUAACCACGGGAUCAAGAAACGAGAUCUUGAGAUGCAUACACAUUGGUCUGUUAUGUGUCCAAGAGAGUGCAGCGACUAGACCAACAAUGGCUUCGGUUGCUCUCAUGCUCAGUAGCUAUUCCUUUACUCUCCCGACGCCUUCGCGGCCUGCGUUUGUGUUAGAUAGUGUGGUACCUUCGAAUGUAUCUUCUUCGACGGAAGGGUUACAAGUGUCGUUGAAUGAUGUCACUGUUUCUGAGUUAUCUUCUCGUUAGGGAGCUUAAACUGUAGAUGUUUUUUGAUUAUUCUCUUUAAGCCUUUUAGUGGGUUUUGUUUGUGUGAAUUUUCAGACAGCCUGACUUGAUUUAUCCAUAUUAAUGAAAAUUUAGUUAGCUUAA